AUGGCCCGGGACAGGCCGCCCGGGAGGGGCUGCGGCGCCCUGCGCCGGGGUCUGCUGGGCGCCGCGCUGCUCCUGGGCCUGCGGCUCAGCGCCGAGCUGUGGCGCGCCGGGCUCCGGCCCGCGCCCCCCGCUCGCAGCGCCCCGCCGGGCCGGGCCUUCAGGCCGCCCGGGCCGCACCUGCCGCCCGCGCCCGGCCCGCCGCGCGGCGCCAGCAGGAGGCAGGUGAUCUACGUGCGCAGCGGGCGCCGAGCGGGGGGCGGCGGGAGCGGGACGCCGGAGCCCAGCUGCUGCGCCCCGCGCGGGCGCCCCCGCCCGAAGGGUCCCCGGUGGCAUAUCCAUCUCCAGCCUUGGGCAGGCCCCGCUCAGUCCCUGGAUGAAGAAGCCUGGAGGUUCCUGAGAUACAUCAGCACCACCCAGAUUGCAUGCGAUCACAUGAAUACAGACAGCCUGGCUACUGAUUCCAGCCCUGCACAGAAGCCUUGGUCAGUGUGUCUUGACGACAGGUUUGGCUUAGCUCAUCAAAUCCGCAGCAAGCAGUGUCGCCUCUACUCCUUGGGGCUGGGAAGUGAUGAUACCCGUUUUGAGGUUAGCAUGGCCAACAACGGAUGCGAAGUGCAUCGUUUUGAUCCUAGUGUCAAAUCAGCCCAUGUUCUGCAGAAUCAGCGCCUUUGGUAUCACCGCUUGUCCAUUGACUGGCGGGACCCCCAUCCAGCUGUUGCCGCUCAAAAGCCACACAGCAGCACCAGAAAACUGGGAAGCGUUUUGAAUGAAUUUGGGCAUCACAAGAUUGACGUUCUCAAGGCAGACCUGGAAAGCGCAGAAUGGAAAGUUUUGGAAAAUCUUAUUCUGGAAGACGUCCUUGAGCAGAUCGGACAGCUCAUCUUUGAGAUCCAUCUCCACUGGCCUGGGUUCGAGGUCAGCGGCAGCGACAGCAGCGUUGUGCGGUUCUGGUACAGCCUCCUCAAAGAGUUAGAACUAAAGGAUUUCAGGCUUUUUCAUAGUUACAAAGACUUAUCUAAACCUCAGCUAUUCCUGAAGAAAGACAUUUUCAAUGCAAGUAGCUGUUAUACUCUGAGUUGGGUGAACACAAGAUGGAAAUAGGAUGCAGGACCUCAUCAAGAACAUGAAUGGAGCAUGUCCAUGAUUCUAAUGGGGAAUUUACUCAUCCAGCCCCCCUCCAG